AACAAAUGUUGCACUGUACAGCAUUCUCAAACACAUAAGAAUCACAUGCAGUUGAAUAAGUGAUAUCAAACAAGCAACGGUUGACAGCGUUCUUCUUUUGUUGCUCAAAAAGUAAAUAUCCGAGAUUGCGAGGAUCGAGUCGCUUCUCCUACAUACUUUCACUUUUGGUUGCUGAGCUAGAGCUUAACAGACCACGGCGAGUAGGACACAGAUGAGAUGAUGGAUGAGAGAACAGCACUUCUUAAAAAUGGACCGGCUUCUUCUACAAGCAAUAGCAAGCUGUUCCUGGCUGUGUUUUCUGCAGUACUGGGGAACUUCACCUUUGGGUAUGCUUUAGUAUACCCCUCCCCCGUUAUUCCCUACCUCGAGGUCGAUGACAACCCCAAUCUCAGGAUGGACACCUCACACAUCUCCUGGUUUGGGUCAGUCUUCUCACUUGGUGCUGCGGCCGGGGGUCUUGGGGCCAUGUUUCUGAACGACAAGAUGGGCAGAAAGCUGAGCAUCAUGAUGUCUGCAGUGCCAGCCACUAUAGGGUACCUGCUGAUGGGGUCAGCACAGGCCGUGUGGAUGCUCUACCUGGGACGUGUCCUGACAGGCAUCGCGAGUGGCAUGACGGCCGCCUCCGGCAGCAUCAGCUAGUCAGACCUGGCCAAGCCUUGCUAUUAUAAGCCAAUCUUGAUCUCCAUGACAAUGAGGUUCCUCCAACAAAUGACUGGCAUCACUCCUACUCUCUCAGCCCUGCUCUCCAAACUAAGAAAAAUCAUGGAUUUGAUCAACUGGUCUCUCAACGCAAUUGACACCAUCUUCUCGACGAGAAGCCCAGGUUCGGGGGAACCUGACUGUCCUGCAAGAACGUACGCAGCCGGCUACACGAUGGACGGAUGGGAGACGUGGAGGGUCGUGUGUCUGGCAGCUCUUUCUGUGGAGGACAUCGAAUAUAUUUACCUAUUCGGAACCAUGAUUACAGGUCUGAUGCUGAUUGGAUUAGGCAUUGCCCUGGUUUAUCAAAGAUUGAAGAAAACGGUGACAAGCGCUCAAAGCCCCACUAGGCUGGCCGGGAUGGUAGAGCUGUUGGAGCCCAAAUAUGAUGCUGCUAUGGUGGGAGCCGUACGCCUCCUUUCUGUUAUGACUGCCGCUACGUUAAUGGACAGGGCUGGUAGGAAGCGACUCCUCUUCACUUCAGGCUUCCUGAUGUUUCUUGCUAGCCAGUGUAUGAGUCUGUACACUCACACCGGAAGCUGUCCCUUUGUGAAUAUCACGACCUCAUCUACUCAUCUAAGUGUUCAGCAACCUCCUGACUUCCUGCGGAGUCCACAGUUUGACCCAGUUACCCUCAUCCCACUGUUAAGCACGAUGAUCAUUAUAUUUGGUUAUGCCAUGGGAUGGGGUCCUAUCACGUGGCUUCUGAUGUCAGAAAUCCUGCCUCUAGGGGCCCGGGGUAAGGCAUCUGGCCUGUGUGUUGGAGUUAGCUGGGUCACCGCCUUCGUCUUGACCCAGGUCUUCAUGCAUGUGGUGGAAAACUUUGGCCUUUUUGUGCCUUUCACGUUUUUUUCAGUGGCGUCAGUGAUCAACAUACUUUUCACAGCUUUGUGCGUCCCAGAGACAAAGGGACGGACUCUGGAGGAGAUUGAGAACUAUUUUCGCACUGGACGUACUUUUACUAUUAUUGAAAAUUGAUGUUCUUUAGACAGGUUUCUGA